AUGUGGAUGUCUAGUUCUGGGUUGGGUCAUGAGAGUUCUUUAAGUUCUAUAAACUUCCAGACGAAUACUUCGUCAGAGAUGAGUCCUUACUUGGGUCAAAGUGGUUCCUCGUUGGGGAUGGAUAUGAUGAGGAAUAAUGCUAAUUCUGGGUUUGUUCAAAAUGGGUAUUCGUCAAAAUCUUCUCUUGAUUCGGUUUCUGGGCUCAAGGUAGAUACUCCUUUCGCUAAUGAUUGGUCAGCUGAAGAACAAUUUAGAUUGGAGGAGGGCCUUGAGAAGUAUAAGGAUGAGCCAAGUAUCGUAAAGUAUAUUAAAAUUGCAAACACUUUACCUGACAAAACUGUUCGAGAGAUUGCUUCGCGGUGUAGCUGGAUGACGGUAAAGGUACCUUUUUUUAUAAGGAAACUUUGUAAAAGAUUUAUAUAUCUUCAGGACAAGCAGGUGGAUUUGACUUCGAGCAUACCUUCUGUUUCGCCUGCGAGCAUGGCUUCCUACCCUCUCUUAAUGCCCUCUAUGACCUCAGGUGAACAUAUUAUAUGUGAAGAUUUAAGUGGCAAUGCAGCCAGUCUCUUAGAACAGAAUAUAAGAGCAUUUAGUCAAAUUAAAGCUAAUCUCUUCUCAGAUAAGGCACAUGAUAACAUAGAUCUCCUCUAUCAAGCAAGGAACAACCUUAUCAACAUCCAAAAUGACAUGAAUAAUAUGCCUGGCUUGAUGAGCCAGAUGCCACCAGUGUCUGUUGCAAUCAAUGAUGAUCUUUUAUUGAGUAAUUCAUCUUUGGCGAUGCCAUUCAACACCAUGCAAAAUGGCGGUUUCCAUAAGAAGCAAGAGCCUUUGGGAUGA